AUGGUUUCUCAAAGUCUCACGCAGAAGGCGAACUUCCUGACCUGGCUGACAUCGUCGACUUCGGUGCUUUUUCUGUGGCUAGCAACGACAAUCGACCCUAAAUGCCUUGGGAAGAUCCCACGAAGACAUCUCAAAGCCGACUCGGGUCAGGAAAAGCUGGCUGAGAUCGAUGGUGGCCCAAUCGAAGCCGCCAAAUCAGUAUUUGAACACAUCGAAGAAGGUCUCAUCAAAAAUCCGGACCAAAAGGCAGUAAUCUGUUUACACCAGGAUAAGAACCACCUCUCACAACUGAUUGCGACAGGAGAUCCAUCUGUAUCACCUGCUGAGGAGCCACGCGACCAAUCUGACGAGUGUCUAACGUUGACAUAUCGGCAGCUCCAUCAUACGGCUCAGACGUUGGCGGCAGGUAUACUUGCCAACAAUGUCAAGCCAAAUUCGAGCAUGUUAAUGAUCAUCCCAAAUGGUGGUGAGUAUGCUUUGUUAGUCUGGAUUUGCGCAAUAUUGCGGAUCACAUAUGUAUGCGUUGAUGAGUCGAUGGGAGAUUCUUCCUCUUACCGAAAGCUUCGAGAGAUCAUGAAGACAGUGAAGCCAUCUCUGAUUGUGGUUUCAAGUGAAAAUCGUGCCCUUGCAGUGGACUUUGCUAUUGCAGAUUUGAACUUGGCCACUCCAGUCAAAAUUUGUUUGGCUGAUAUAUGUCAAGUGGGCUGGAAGUCACUCCUGCAGAUCAUGAAGGAUUCUCCUUGGUGUGCUGUGGAUCCGGGAGUCCUGCUUGAUAAUGCAAGGAACGACGAUCCAACCCGGAUCAAUUCAAUAAUAUUCACGUCUGGUACUAGUGGAACACCAAAGGGAUGCCCGCUCCGAGUAAGCAGUAUGUCGCACAUUCUCAGCUCUCAGUCCUGGCUCAUCAACAAGGAUAAUUGUGCCCGCGCACUACAAGCAGCUCACAACUCGCGAGGGAUUGCGCCAGCGCAGACUUUGCAGACUUGGAAAGCUGGUGGAGCAGUAAUGAUGACCAGUAAGAGUUGUGAUGUUGGAGAGAUUGUGGAAGCCCUUCAGCUACACAAACCAAGUUUUAUUGCUCUUUCGCCAGCAAUGGUUUCAGCCAUCCGGCAGAGGAUGCAGGUAAAUCCGUUCGAGACGGGCUCUGUCCGAUCUGUUCAGGUUGGGGGUGAAGCAACGACGAGAACUUGUUUAUCAGAAUGCACUGCUCUAUUCAAUAACGCCAAAGUUUUCGCAAACCACGGAAUGACCGAAGGCGGGGGAUCUUUCUUGUGGCCUUUCUUUGACACGCCUCUGGAGGCGUUACCUCGUUUUGGGGAGCUCUGUCCGAUUGGAAAGGUGGCAGCAGGAUCGACUGUGCGGAUAUGGAGAGGAUGCAAUGUUGCGAGAAGGUGUGAGUUGGGCGAUCUGCAUAUUAAAGGAUCAAGUCUGCUGAGACAGUACAUGUCUGGGGAGUCUGGAGCUUCGUUCCUGGAUGACGAGCAGGGUCGUUGGUUUGUGACCGGAGACACGGCCAUGAUCGAUAAUGAUGGAGUGGUAUUCAUCCUGGGCCGAACGAAAGACAUGAUUUCGAAAGGAGGAUCUAUUGUCGUUCCUGCUGCUAUCGAGAGUUUUCUACAGAGGCGGCUAAAGCUACAGGUUGUGGUUGUCUCGAUACCAUGUAAGAAUGGUGGUUACGAGUCUUGUGUGAUAGUUGAAGAUCAAGCCGAUGGUGAGAUUUCUUCGUGGUUGGUGGAGGAGUUCGGGGCGUCGUACGCUGUCCGACAUGUCUUCGCUAUCACCGAACUUGGGCUCGAUGGAAUGCCAAGGAGCGGCACUGGCAAGAUGGACAAGCUUGCAUUGCAGGAUGCAGUGAUGAGGAGGUUGGAGGAGUCAGUAUCUUGA